GCGUGAUCGCCUUUGACAGUUUGUACUGUAUGACUCGUGGUUGCAAUUCGCGGUGAUAUAAAGUAAAUAUAAUGCCGAAGUUCUGAGUUCAGAAGGUUUUAAAUAGGGAAAUUUUUCGAGAACGGGACUGCGCAAAGCGUGUGUGUGUGUGUGUGUGUGUGCGUGCGUACGCGCGCAUCGGUGCUUACACCUACCUUGGAAUUCACAGACACACAUACAUUCGUAGCAGCGGCACGUCGUUUCCCGUCGACUCCGUCGACUCUCGGAGGAUAGAAUAUGGAGGCGACAGCAAAGCACGAUUUUACGGCGACCGCUGAGGACGAGCUCAGCUUUCGUAGGAACCAGGUCCUGAAGAUUCUAAACAUGGAAGAUGAUAUGAAUUGGUAUAGAGCUGAAUUGGAUUCUAGAGAAGGGCUUAUACCAAGUAAUUAUAUUGAGAUGAAGAGUCACGACUGGUACUAUGGCAGAAUAACCAGAGCAGACGCCGAAAGAUUAUUGAUGAACAAACAUGAAGGUGCCUUUCUGAUCAGAAUCAGUGAAAGCUCUCCUGGUGAUUUUUCCUUAUCUGUAAAAUGCUCCGACGGUGUGCAACAUUUCAAAGUAUUAAGAGACGCACAAGGCAAGUUCUUUCUCUGGGUUGUCAAAUUUAACAGCUUGAAUGAACUGGUGGAAUACCACCGUACAGCUUCUGUUUCUCGCUCGCAAGACGUUAAAUUGCGCGAUAUGAUUCCCGAGGAGUGUUUGGUACAAGCACUUUACGAUUUUGCACCACAAGAACCUGGCGAAUUAGAGUUCCGACGAGGGGAUGUAAUUACUGUCACAGAUCGUACAGAUCAGCAUUGGUGGCACGGAGAAAUCGGUAAUAGACGGGGUCUGUUUCCGUCUACCUAUGUCACGCCAUAUCACUCCUAGGCCCCACAUGGUCGAGCGCAUAGAGGCCGUUAUAGGGAACAGUGGCCGCCUUAUCCCACCUCUAUCACCUACAGGAUCCGAGUUGCCGCGGAUUUGAUAAAUAAUAUUUUACAAACCUCACCUAUCGAAUGGGCCACUAAGGUAUACUGGUGGUCGCGCCGAAAAGUCUUCUAAAUAACCACGGCUAAAAAUGAAUCGAACAUACACCCCAACACCAAAAUUCUUGAAUACCGAAGAAGAAUAAACGUGUUGCGUUAUUUAAGUGAAAAACAAAGAGAAAGAGAAUCGUCUCAUCGAUAUCACAUCGAAACAUCCGAGCACGAGAGGAUGUAACGACAUCUAGAAUUUAAGAACGAUUUGAGUAUUUAAAGAUAUUGGACGAUAUCCGAGGAUCCGAAGAUCUCUAGUGCUAUCCAGGGAUCCAAGAAUGCUUUUGCGAAUGUCUAGGGAUAUAAUGAUGCCUAAAAGAUGCCUAAGGAUCUUAAGGAUUCAAGCAUUUAUAGAAUUCUAACAGUUUACAAUGAUCCUUUAUCUAAGAGUUAUCUAAGUAUCUAUGGAUAUUCCCAAGGAUUUAAGGCUCUCGCACGUGAUCGCCAUUCACAAUGAGGAUCGCGUUCGAGGAAAACCGAAUAUGUAUAUUUUUGUUUUCCUCCCCCUUUUUGUAAACUUUUUUGAGAACUCUUCUUUUUCUUUACUUACUCGCGUAAAGCAAAAACUUCGUAGCAUUAUUGUGUAAUUAUUAUCUUUUAUGGUUAUUAUUAUUAUGACUAUUAAUGUUAUGUUACAAUUUUAUUGAUAACAAUAUAUUAUAUUAAUUAUGGU